CAUCAAUACUCUAUGCACAGACAAGACACGAACAACACUCAAGACACGAACAACACUCUCUCCUCUUACAUACAAGAAAAAAUAACACGAACUGCAGUCCUCAAAACUCCAAAAAGCGAAGAAAAUUUCUCCAAUGUCUAAACAGACCUACAGAGUUUGCUUGUGCUUUAGCAGGAGGUUCAAGCUUGCAGUGGCAGAGGCACCGGAGGAGAUCAGGGCCUUGUUUAAUCAAUACUCGGAGAAUGGCAUCAUGACCGACAAUCAUCUCCACAGGUUCUUGAUCGAGGUCCAAAAACAAGAGAAGGCUACUCUUGAGGAAGCACAAGCCAUCAUUGAAAGCCUCAAACAUUUGGCCAUUUUUCACCGUAAAGGGCUCAAUCUUGAGGCCUUUUUUAAGUAUCUUUUUGGUGAUAAUAACCCUCCUCUUGAUCUUAAACUUGGGGCGCACCAUGAUAUGACAGCUCCCAUUUCACACUAUUUCAUUUAUACCGGCCACAAUUCAUAUCUAACUGGGAAUCAGCUCAGUAGCGAUUGCAGCGAUGUUCCCAUCAUAAAUGCACUGAAGAAAGGUGUGAGAGUAAUUGAAUUGGAUAUAUGGCCAAAUUCCAACAAGGAUGAUGUGGAGGUACUUCAUGGGAGGACUUUGACAACUCCGGUGCAACUUAUCAAAUGUUUGAGGUCAAUCAAGGAGCAUGCUUUUACUGCAUCUGAAUUCCCUGUUGUUAUAACUCUAGAAGAUCACCUUACUCCAGAUCUCCAGUCUAAAGUGUCUAAGAUGGUCACUCAAACAUUUGGAGACACACUGUUUUCUCCUGGCUCAGAAUGCUUGAAGGAAUUCCCUUCCCCUGAGUCAUUGAAGAGACGUAUUAUCAUAUCAACAAAACCGCCAAAGGAGUACCUUGAGGCAAAGGAAAUUAAGGAUAAGGAGAGUGAUUCCCAGAAGGGUAAUGCUGCUCCUGAUGAAGAAGCUUGGGGGAAAGAAAUCCCUAAUCUUAAAGGCUCUGAUGACAAGCAUAAUGAACUGGAUGAAGAUGAUAAUGAUACCGAGGAAGAUCCUGGUGAAGGAGACCGCAAGUUGCCGCAUGAUUUAGCACCAGAAUAUAAACGUUUAAUUGCUAUUCCUGCUGGGAAGCCUAAAGGUGGAUUAGAAGAAUGUUUGAAAGUGGAUCCUGAUAAAGUGAGGCGUCUUAGCUUAAGUGAGCAACAACUUGAAAAUGCUGCAGAGACCCAUGGAAAAGAAAUUGUCAGGUUUACCCAGCGGAAUAUACUCAGAGUGUAUCCAAAGGGUAUUCGUGUGAACUCAUCCAACUACAACCCACUAAUUGGAUGGAUGCAUGGUGCUCAAAUGGUUGCUUUUAAUAUGCAGGGACAUGGAAGAUCACUCUGGAUGAUGCAAGGAAUGUUCAGAGCCAAUGGUGGGUGUGGUUUUGUGAAGAAACCGGAUUUUCUUCUGAAGUCUGGUCCAGAUGGCGAGGUAUUUGAUCCCAAAGCCAAGUUACCUGUGCAAAAAACUUUGAAGGUGAAAAUAUACAUGGGUGAAGGAUGGUAUUAUGAUUUCCAUCACACACAUUUUGAUGCAUAUUCCCCACCAGAUUUCUAUGUGAGGGUUGGGAUUGCUGGGGUCCCUGCAGAUACCGGGAUGAAGAAAACAAGGACUCUGGAGGACAAUUGGAUACCUGUUUGGGAUGAGGAGUUUGAGUUUCCAUUAACUGUUCCAGAAUUAGCUUUGCUCCGGAUUGAAGUUCAUGAGUAUGACAUGUCAGAAAAGGAUGACUUUGGUGGUCAAACAUGCCUUCCUGUGCGGGAGUUGAGAGAAGGGAUUCGAGCACUUCCACUCCAUGACCGCAAGGGAGAGAAAUACAAUUCUGUAAAGCUCCUUGUGCGACUCGAAUUUGUUUGAUACCAAUGGCAGUUCCAUGCCAAGUAUAAAACUACGGAGCAAUGUAAAAAUCUGUGAAGUCCAUUUGUUGUUGUGAGCUGGUGUGAUUAUGUGAUUUUUGUUGCCGUGUGAACAUAAUAACAUCUGCCUGCUGCUUUCCAUUGGCUGUUCGUUUU